AUGGAGACGGGAUUCGAGCAGCAGCGCCAUCCCCCGGGGGUCCUGGAGCACUCAGGGACCCCAGAUCCCUCCGGGCUUUUGGGGGCCCCAGAGCCCUCAGGGCUCUCAGUUUCCCUGGGGGUCCCUGAGUCCCCGCAGGUCCUGGAGCCCCUGGUGGUCUCAGAGCCCCUGGUGGUGUCAGAGCCCCCGGGGGUCCCAGAGCCCCUGGUGGUCCCGGGGGCCCUGCAGCCCGCGCCGCCCCCCGAGCUGCUGGAGGCGCUCCUGGCCCAGCGCUUCGGGCCGCUGCCCCGGCCGGCCACCAUCGCCCGCCUGCGGCGCGGCCCUCACGGCGGCUACGAGCCCAGCGGGGACCCCAGCGAGGUGCUGGAGCGGCGGCAGGCGGCCAACGCCAAGGAGAGGGAGCGGAUCCGGAACCUCAACAGUGGCUUCUCCCAGCUGCGGAGCCUGGUGCCGCUGGUGCCGCGGGACCGCCGGCCCAGCAAGGCAGACACGCUGCGGGCAGCGGCAGAGUACAUCCGCCUGCUGCGGGGCGUGCUGCAGGACUGCCAGGUGGGACCCCAAAACUGA